AUGGAUAUGGAAAAGCUGAAGAAGAUGCAGCAGUCGGUGAGAAUUGGUGACGGAAAGGGCACACCAAGAAGAAAGGUCAAGAAGGUGCAUAAGACUGGGGGUAUCGAUGACAAGAAGCUGCAAACCGCGCUGAAGAAGCUGAACGUCCAACCAAUCCAAGCCAUCGAGGAGGUCAACAUGUUCAAGGCUGACGGAAACGUUAUCCACUUCGCUGCCCCUAAAGUUCAUGCCGCCGUCCCAUCCAACACCUUCGCUAUCUAUGGAAACGGAGAAGACAAGGAGCUCACCGAACUCGUCCCAGGUAUCCUCAACCAACUCGGUCCCGAUUCCCUUGCCUCCCUCCGCAAGUUGGCCGAGAGCUAUCAAUCCAUGCAGAAGGCCGAGGGUGGUGACGAAAAGAAGGAUGAUGACGACGAUGACGACGACAUCCCUGAAUUGGUUGCCGGCGAGAACUUCGAGGACAAGGUUGAAUAA